AUGGAUGAAGGAUAGUUUAUUUAAUUAGGUGAUUAUUUAAUUAAGCAGAUGGAGAUGAUAAUGAUUAUUUAGAAAGGAUAAAAUAACGAAUAAAUAACUUUCUUAUAAAUGAUAAAUACAUAAUUUCAAAGCUAAGCCCAAGAAAAUUAGUUAGAUUACAAAAAAAUAUGCAUCAAGUAUUGGUUAAAAAAAAUUUAAUAAACAGUUAAUAAGAAAGAGAGAGUUAUUUCCUUUUAAAGAGAAGGUUUACACAUUUUAAAAAAAGAGCUUAAAUACUAUUAAGAUCCUUUAUAAUAUCCUAUUCCUGAAAAAUUCAGAGACGAUCUAACUCAAAAAAGACUAGCUAGUUACUAUUUACUCUUAGGUUGUACCUCAAUUAAUAGAAAAAUCAACAAGAAAAACUCUGAAAAGUCUUACACAUAUGUUUUUAAUCGUCAAAAUAAAAAUAGUGGUUGUUGCAAUGUGAAAUUAUUAAUUUUUUACUUAUUAUCAUCUAUAAGGAAAAUGUUCACAGGACAGGACUUGUGA